UAAACAGUUGAGCAGGGAUCCAAGCAGACUCUCUUCUGGGCUCGUAUGAACUACAUUUUUGCGGUGAUAUCUCUUUAAGAAAAAAGGAACUAAGAUAUUUUCAUUUCCUUAUUUGUAUUCUUACACGCACUAUUAGAAGAUCAGUGUUUCAUUAGUAAGUUAACUCGACUUAAUCUCGUGUUUCAAACAUUUUUGGAGCGUUUGGCGGGUUUAUCGUUUCUCUCUGUUUAGAGCAGCGCGGUCACCAGAUGGCAGCAGUGAUCACUGAAGAUAACGUGUACAGUGAUGAGGAGGUGAACGGCGCGCCCCCUGCUGCUGCGGACGAUCAACUGCAGCUACCCGGACCUGAUGGAAACAUACAGGGACAGGUGGAGGAGUUUCUCGGCCCACAUCCUGACUAUGAUGAGGAGGAAGAGGAGCGCAAGUACUACAGACGAAAAAGGCUGGGUGUAGUGAAGAAUGUCUUUGGGGCCAGUUGCGGAGGAAUGAUCAUUUACAGUGUUUACAUGGGUCUGUUGCAGAUGCAGUUGAUUUUGCACUAUGAUGAGACCUACAGAGAGGUGAAGUAUGGUACGCUGGGGCUGGAGGAUAUCGACAGCAAAAUGCUGAUGGGCAUCAACGUCACGCCCAUUGUCGGCCUGCUGUACACACCUGUGCUCAUCAGAUUUCUUGGUACCAAAUGGAUGAUGUUCCUGGCAUCCGGAAUCUAUGCGCUCUUUGUUUCGACUAAUUACUGGGAGCGAUACUACACUUUGGUACCAUCCGCCGUCGCCAUCGGUGUCGUCAUAGUGCCCCUUUGGGCAUCCUUGGGAAACUACAUAACUAGAAUGGCCCAGCAGUACUACGAGUAUGUGAACUAUAAAGAAGAACAUGUCCAGGAACAGAAGAAGCCCCCUAAAGGAGCCUUUCAUUCUUACAUCAUCGUUUUUCAAUCUGUCUUCUACAUCUUUUUCCAUCUGAGUUUCGUGUUUGCAGAGUUCCCCAUGGUGAUGUUCCUCAAUAACUAUCUGAGUGAUUACAACCACACUCUCCUCAAAGUCACACAGUGUGGAGCCGAAGGUAGAGGGGUGAUUCUGAAUUUAAACAAGACGGUUUUACGCAGCCUGCCUCGUUCUCUGCUGCUCAUCGAGGUUGAAAGCGUUCUCAUGGGUGCAGCCUUCCUCGCCAUGAUCAUCUUCCUUGCAUUGUGUGGAGCCGCAUACCGGCCCACGGAGGAGAUCGACCUUCGCAGUAUCGGCUGGGGAAACAUCUUCCAGUUGCCCUUCAAGCACUUACGAGACUACCGUAUCCGCCUGCUCUGUCCGUUCUUCAUCUACUCUGGCUUCGAGGUGCUCUUUGCCGUCAAGGGGCUCAUACUGUCAUAUGGCGUGUGUGUAGUGGGAAUGGAGAAGCUGUGGUUGUUAGUGAUGGUGUAUGGUUUGUCAUCCUCCAUCUGUUCGGCCUUGGCCCUCACCAUGCUGCGCUUGCCCAGGCCGGUUAUUCUCCUCGGGGGGGCCUUCGUGCACUUCGUCCUGCUAAUAGCACUGAUGUGCUGGUCACCAUUGCCAAGACACCCUGAAUAUCUUCCAUAUCUGCUGGUGCUCUCUGCCCUCUGGGGUCUGGGCACCGCCCUUAACAAGACAGGACUGAGCAUUUUGUUGGGGAUGCUGUACGAGGAUAAGGAGCGACUAGACUUCAUUUAUACCAUCUACCAUUGGUGGCAGGCCGUUGCCAUCUUCAUUGUCUACCUUUGGACUGCGUUGCCUAUGAGGGCCAAACUUGGACUCCUGUUGUUCGCUCUUGUGGUGGCGUCUUUCUGCUACGUGCAGAUGGAGCGUCGCCUGGCGGCAAGAAUUCAAUUUAGAUUGCCACGGAUUCCUCGUCCACGGCAUAAGGUCAAAGGUUACCGAUACCUCGAAGAAGAAAACUCUGACAAAUCCGACACAGAUCUGAGCGAUGCCGAUGAUGACGAGAAUAUGGAGGAGGAGGGUAGGCCCCUGGUUGAGGAAGACCAGAAUUCAGACGCUGACUCCCAGGGUUUACCAGGACCAGAGAGGAUCGGGGUUAGAGAUCGGAGGAAGAGACACGACAACGCCGCCUACGAGCAGGCAGGGGAGAGAGAGGAUUAUGUCCACCACACAAGAGAAUAGAAAAGUGGAGAUGAAACUAUUCAGAGGAUGGUAAAUACUGUGAAGAGUUCGAUUUAAAGUAAAGAAAUGGCAAAAAAAAAUGCACUCGUUAUUAUAAAUAUAUUUUUAUUUGCUUUGUAAAGGGAAAGUGCGGGCCAGCUGUGAAAAUGAAGGUCAGAAAAUAACCCACGGUUUCAAAAAAAGUAGAAGUGAUACAUUGAAUGAGAACCGAAAAGAGGAAAUUGCAGUACCUCGUAAGGUCAGGUGGUUUGUUGCCAUAGAAAUGUAAUCCUGUCAAUUUUGAACUGUUGGUCAAGGUAAUAUGCUUAAGUUUGUAUUUUACUUGAAUUCCUUUUUUAUCUUGUAAUAUUUCUUUAAGGGAUUUUCCUUCUAAUAAAACCCACUAAAGAAUCAUUUCAGUAUAGUUUCUAUAAAAAUUACAUUUCAUUUUUUGUAUUUGACUUUAAGAUUGUUUAUGGUGUUGUGAAAUGAUUUAAACAUGUUUUAAUUAAAAUGACAGAAAGGAUAAAAAUCUAAUUGUUUCUUUACAUAAGUGUUAUAUUGUUAAUAUUGUCUCGACUCAAUGAUGUGUUGCACGGAAUGAGUGCCUUGUUGCUUUUUUAAAUACUUAUUUGUAAUGA